AUGUCCUUGACCCUCGACAACACAAUGUCAUCUACUGGAUACCCGAACUCUUCAAUAUCUCAACUCAAUACUUCACGAUCGUUAUCACAGGCCUUUGAUCCAAAUAUUGGGCCCAGCGACACAUACUAUAUGCAUGACCCAAUGGCAAUUCAAGAACCUAGCUCUUUGAUAUAUCUAGACUCUCUAGAUUCUCUACUUGACCAGGAUCCAUUGGCGUGCAAGGACUCUGACAAUGGCCUUGUUGCUCAACUUAAGCAGCAGCUCACCAAAUUACAGCAUGCUGUUGCAAGUCUACAAGCCGAUAGACUCAGGCUUGUCAAUGAGAAUGCUGGUCUCAAUAUGACCUGCCAGACUUUACAAAAUGUCAUUGUUAAUAUGCAUGGCUCCACAAGCUUGGUGUCCUUGACAUCAUCAUCACCAUUAUCACCCUCAUCUGACACCUCGAGCACCAUUGCCGAUGAGAAACCUGCCCUUGUGGAUAGAAUAGUCCCUACAGAAUCCGAUCAAGAGCUUGACCGGAAGGACUACCCAUCUGUCAAAUCAUGGACAAGGAAAGAAUGGCAGGAACAGUAUCCAAAGACGACAUCAUCUGUACCUGGAACCUCUGGAAGCUCAUCUCGAGGAUCUGGGCGCAUGGCACAAGGCGUUAAUGUUGCAUGUACUUACUUACAGGACAAGAAAGGUGUACCUGUCUCAGCUCAACACACCAAGACAAUCUGGAACCUCAUGCUCUCGAGCUUCCGGGAACUUGACAGUCAAGGCCUCACACCAGAUUCUAUCGGCCAAGCGUCACUGCAAGUCUUAUGCUGGCUCAUCCACACACUACACAAGCAUUGUCCUGAAUUUUGUUUAUGUGCUGACAAUUGGAAGGUUAUGAAACUCAUGACUGACAAUUACUCACAAUGGUUCAACUAUCACGUCAAGAAGAAAACCAGCAAGCGCAUCAAGGCUGAGCAUGGAGAGAGUCUCCUGGACCUCUCAGACAACACUCUGCCCCCAGUUGCCCAGAAGCAUGCAGGUGAUCCUGACAAAGAACUCGAAGCCGAACAUAUGAAGAAGCAAGCAUGGAUCAAUGAGCCUGUCACUGAGCCUGCUAGUGAUGAAGCGCGUGAACCAACACCACCACCACACACCAACAAAGGGAAAGACAAAGAAGCAGCUGCUAUUGAGAUCAAAAACCCACUUUCUGACCUUGUAUUGAAACCUAGGCCCAAACCGGUCAUCAGGAAGCUCCCUUCCACUUCCAUUGACUCUCCAACUGCUUCAACUUCUGGAACCAACCUGAUUCUUGCGCCACCAUCAAACAAGUCUACACCUACUUCGACUGUACCAGAGACACCUUCAAGUAGUACUGACACAGCUUCCCUAGCUGUAAAGACUGAGCUUGUCAACCAAGCCAGUGCUGCGAUUGUGAUUGAGGAGAAGGCUAAUACCAUCAAGAAGCACCAGCCAAGCAUGAAGCCCAUGCGUGUGAGCUUCAAGAUCACAGCACAGAAUCUUUGCACCCUUGAUUGGCAAUCAAACAGCCAUCAGAAAGAACUGGCAAGCGUCUUUGCAACCUACUGGAACAGUCUAUCAAAGACCAACAAAGAGGUAUACAAGCGCAAAGCAGCUCUACAGCUCAACUCAGCUGGACCUACUGAAGGGAGUGGUGCCAGUGAUGAUGCAGAUGAGGAGUAA